UGACGUCAGCGGGCCUGAAGGCGGAAGUAAGACAAUCAACAACUGAACACGGAACAGUGACUGACGGUAUUAUCAGUAGCGUCUAGAAACACACCGACUCGGAGGGAUUUUUUUUGUGUUUCGCAAAAUACAAAGCAAUAUGUCCGUAUUCGGCAAGUUGUUUGGCGGUGGGGGGAAAGGAGGCAAAGGCCCGAGCCCACAAGAAGCGAUCCAGAAACUCCGUGAGACAGAAGAGAUGUUAACCAAGAAACAAGAGUACUUAGAGCAAAAGAUUGAUGCGGAACUGUUAACAGCAAAGAAAAACGGCACGAAAAACAAACGAGCUGCCUUACAGGCCCUGAAAAGAAAGAAGAGAUAUGAGAAGCAACUGGCUCAGAUAGAUGGCACUCUCUCCACUAUCGAGUUCCAGCGAGAAGCAUUAGAGAAUGCUAAUACAAACACAGAAGUGCUUAAAAACAUGGGCUUAGCUGCCAAGGCCAUGAAGACAGCGCAUGAAAACAUGGAUCUAGACAAAGUGGACGACCUCAUGCAGGACAUCACAGAACAGCAGGAGCUAGCACAGGAGAUUUCUGAUGCCAUUUCAAAGCCUAUAGGUUUUGGAGAAGACUAUGAUGAGGAUGACCUUUUGGCUGAAUUAGAGGAGUUGGAACAGGAGGAGCUGGACAAGAACCUGCUGGAAAUUGGUGGGACAGAGGAUGUCCCUCUGCCCAGUGUGCCUUCAGUCCCAUUACCCAAGAAACCUGUCGCCCAAAAAAAGAGAGAAGAGGAGGAUGAGGAUGACAUGGAAGAACUCAAGGCAUGGGCCAUGUGAAUGUAUCGAAUCUGAGAGACUCUUGUUGCUCAUCGCGGUUGGCCUGGGCAGGCGAACCUUCAGAGGGUUAACACUACAAAACAAAUUUUACCAUAGCUCUUGCAGAGUGGAUAAAACAAACCCAGAAAAAAAACAAGAGUUACAACUGAAAUGGAUAUGAAGCAGGUUAAUCUGACAAUAAAAUCUGAUAACAUAAUAUAUGAAUUGACCCUUAAAUGUUUGGCCAUGGUUAUUUAGGUAAUGCAUUGUUGUUUCUAAUUUUUGCCUCUUUUGAUAGAAGUGUUUUUUUGACCUCUCUACUAUUCAGAAACUGGUUGUUUUGUUUUGUCAUGGAGAUACGCAUGUUUGCCAAUACAUAAUUUUCAUAUACAUGAUCAACAUGCUCUCAUCUGAUAUAUUAAAUAUAUUUGGUACAGUUGUUUGCUUCGAUCUUUGAUCUCAGUGUGUUAAGUUAAAUUAAUGUUAUUCAAGCACUUCCAACAGCAUAAGCUUUUUUCAGUUUGUUGACAGUGACAUUAUGUUUUGGUGGCAAAAUAACAAAAUGAAAUUACUAAAAUUAGCUCUACAUAUACACACACAUCUAUAUAAAUAUAUCUGACUGCCCAUCAUGUUUUGUUUUGGUGCUGCAUCCGAAUAGUUGCAGAAAAAGACCUAUUUAAUAACAGACCUAUCCUAUUGUGCUUUUUUCAGGCCUGGUUCAUUGAUGUGCUGAGGGUUUAUCAGACAACAGAUGGUUGUAAUUAUACAAAAGCUAUACCAUGUUUGUUUGUUUUUCCUUGUAUGGGAGCAAAUACUUCUUUUUGAGAUGCAAAAAUGCUGUAUCUAUUCAGGUUGAGGCAUAUGUGUACAUUUGUAUGUUUAAAAAAAAUCAGAUGGCUUUUAUUUGAGAGAUCAUUAAACUUGGAUUCCUUUUCUCUGGUGUUGUUAGUCUCCUGUAGUAUAUAGCUUAGUUCUUGUUAAAAUUAUAUAUGAAACAAUAACUUCUGUCC